AUGUCCCUACGUACGCCAUCUUCCUCUAUUCUUGGUCCGAUCUCUACUUCUCCACCACCAACUUUCUUCGAAUCAAAACCGCAUCCACAAAAACCCGCAAACUUAGAUCCUGCAUUCGAAAAACUUGCUAAGCGUAUUCCUACUAAUAAAUUUUAUACGAACUUGCUGGUAGGCAACGCACAGUCUCCCGUUUACCCGUUGCCAUAUGCAUUAAGGUUCGAGAGUGGAGUUAACAAUGGGACGUAUGGGUUUAGUAUUUCGAAUACGGACGAAGAUAAAUUUGUGUUUGGACCAGAUGCGAAAUACUUCUAUUCGAUUUACACUCAAAGCAUCACAAUGAGCGCCAUAGAGUUCGAAACCACACCAAAACUUCUCCUUUCCGAACCCGACAAUUUCUCUAUUAAUGCAGUGCUCGUGCAAAAUUCUUCAACAAAUGCUGCUCUUACUCAAUCACAAAUCAAUUUCCCGAUUGUUAGAGGCAUGGCAUUUGUCACGGCCAAGUAUGAGAACCUGACCCCCUUAUUUGAGUCAGGCGUUGGAUUUAGCGCACUCAGUUCCCCUAUUACUUUGAGUCGCGGAGUUAUAAAAUAUAGUGUCACAUUGACAGACGGAAGUAAAUGGUUAAUUUAUGCUAUUAAUAAUAAAGAAAUCGGCGCGCUUAAUUUAGAAAAGACAAAUGCAACUAGCAUCCGGUCAACAUCUGGCGUUUUUAAUGGUAUUAUUCAAGUCGCUAAAGUGCCUCAAGGAAACUCA